UUUGUAGCAUAGAUCCGCUGGAUUUAGGGGUAGGUUUAUGUCCAGUGAUCUUGCUGAGUGAGAGGGAAUUUUAAGAACUCACAGUCUUUAGCGUAGGCCGAGGCCGCAAGGCUUUGGCCUAGUAAUUGUCAAAAGUUGCGGAGGUCCUACCUCAUCCAGUGUCAGCAACCAAAGAGAGAGAAUAAUGGCCGUAGCUCCCUUAUAGGGGCAGGGGCUGGCCAUUUUUGGAUUGGUCCAUAACAGCUGUCACUCACCGUUACAUGGCAUUGUGGGUGAACACCUAACACAAGAACCACCGAAGUUCCUUCAACAAACCAUAGAGACUAAACCUCGUCACGUGACCCGCAGGUCCUGCGACGCUAGCGCAAGGAGCGGCUCAGGGACAACUCUGUGAAUGUCCUUGAGUGACCCCAGCCAGAGCCCGAACCCAUUGGAACAUCUCUGGAGACACCAGGAAAUGGCUUCUACUGACCGUCCCCAUCUAACCUGACAGAGCUGAGAGGAUCUGCAGAGAAAAAUGGCAGAAAAUCCCCAAAUCCAGUUUGUCUUCCAGAUAAAAUGACUUCCUGGAAUCUCAGCCUGGUUUCUGCUCUUCUUUAUCUCUUGGUGGCGGCGGCGGCCGGAGAACCCAGUUGUGACAAUGUGGAGGAUUUUGGCAGCUGCGCUAAUGAUGCCGGCAACUUCUGCCCCAGUGGCGUCCCCUGUAGCUGUAAGAACGGCAAAGCCUUCUGCAGUUGCCCGUUCUACAGAGGCCCCAAUGGAAACUACUGGUACUUGGGCAACAAGUGCAACCAGGUGUGGAGCACGCUGGACUUGAUUGUGGUCGCUGUGUUCCCAGGUGUGGCGCUGGCGUUUGUUGUUGCCGUCACAGCGCAGCUCAUUCACUUCUGUAAGACAAAACCACCAAAGAACAAGACGGAAAAAGAGAAAAAGACUAAGUCAGAGCGAAAGACGACUGAAACGCACGAAAACAAAUCAUUCGAUCCCCAGGAGGGGUCCAGAAGUAUAAAUCCAGACCCCCCACAGAACACUGAACGACCACAAUCACCAAUACCUCGACUGAAUUAUUACUCUGAUGCUCCUUCGGCUGGUUACUCGGAAGUAAGGCCACAAAAUCAGUAUAAUGGCUACAGAGGCCCUGAGCCGGACUACCCAAACUAUGAGCCACGGGGGCCACAAUACUCUAGGUUCUCAGGGCCCCCGCUGCCCCCCGAUGACUACCAGCAGAGAUCGCCAGAGCCUUACCCUCCAAACGCUGCCUGGGCCCAGCGAUCUUUUCACUUUGGACGUCCACAAGUUAAAACGUACAAUGACUAUUAAGGCCCAUAAUAAUGAAUAUAAUACGUCGUGUUCUGGGCUCCUCCGAGGAAUAUGGCCGCUGCUUAUGGUAUUUUGGGUCUGAGAAGAUUAUUGGCUCUGUAAGGUCAGACCGCCUGUAAGAUGAAUCUCCUCAUUCCUGGUUAUACAGAAUAAUCGUCAAUAAAAGAUAAUACGUUUAUUAAUGUGUCG